AAGAGUUCAAAAUGGCGGCAAAUUGCUGACUUUCGAAAUUGUUAGUUAUGACAUCGAAAGAACUUCCUGUGUUCCGAUUUUAUGACAGGAAAUCUAAGCGAAGAAGACAUGAACUGGAACAAAAUGUCGAAAACAGAGUGAAAAGAUUCAAGGAUGAAAAGCUUCCACAUGAAUUCAAGCACAGCAUAACUGGACCAAGCACUGAAUGGAAAACAUUUUAUCGACAACAAGAUGCCUUCGACUUCACUCGGAGUAAAAUUGAUGAUGACCUCCAUGUGUUUGCCUAUGAGAGUGACACCCUGGGGGGAGACUCGGGACAGAGGAUGUACCUCGUGGCCAGCUACCCCACAUUCUGGCACUACUACAGUCAACUGAGGGAAUGUGAGAGACACCACUAUGAGGUGAUACCAGAAGGUGGAGUGUGUAAGCUGUACUUUGAUCUGGAGUUUGCUAAAGAAGUCAAUCCUGACAGCAAUGGAUUACAGAUGGUUGAAAUAUUUAUAAAGUACGUGUGUACCUGGCUGCAGCAUCACUACAGGGUGCAGUGUGAUCGGCAGGAUGUGCUCGACCUUGAUGCCAGCACCGAGAAGAAGUUCAGUCGACAUCUGGUCUUUCAGCUGCAAGAUGUAGUCUUCAAGGACAAUGUCGGUGCAGGUCACUUUGUCCAUCACAUCUUUAACAAACUGCUGGACAGCGUGCAGCCAUGCACACCAGGGGGAGACAACCCUGUUAAAACAGAACCUUCAGAUUCUACAGAGAUCAUCCCACCUUUGUCGAGUGCAGCCUCGGAAACAUCAGAUGUGAGUGAGGAGAAGCAAGAUGCAGCUGUGUCAGCUGAGGUGAAGAGUGAAGACCGAAAUGAUUCAGGUUUUGAGAGCCCCCUGAAGGAGAUGCAAGGUAGUGGCAGCUCCACGGAGAAGUCAGACCGGGACGUCAGCAGUGAGAGCCCCCUGAAGGAGAUGGAAGGUAGUGGCAGCUCCAUGGAGAAGACAGACCGGGACGUCAGCAGUGAGAGCUGUGACAUACUGGGUCAGUUUACUGAUGAGGAGUUGAAGUCUCUGGUGGUGAUGUCCAAGGACCAGAAGCCCAUGCUGUUUUGUGAUAUGGGUGUUUACACAAAGAACAGGAACUUUAGGUUGCUGAAGUCCACAAAGUUGGGAAAGAAAAACCCAUUCCGUGUAUCAGCUGAGAACGUCUACACACCAAGACCAAAACCAGACACUAUGGAAGGAUUCAACCUCUUCUCUGACUCUCUCAUUUCAAAUGUCAAAUACACACCAAGACUGCGUAUCUUGACGUUUGGCUCCAAGAGCCAAGGUAGCAGAUUCCGACAUCAGGCAAUCAAACAACACAGAUCUCAUGAUGAGACAGAAACACUGGCCGGCUACACCACGUCCCCGUAUCCCGAGCUGGAUGACUUCAUCUGCAGGACAGUGGGGGAUAGUGGUAAGAACGGCUGCAUCCGACACUGGACGUACUUCCCCCAGGGGGAGCUGCUCAUCUAUGACAUCGCCCGAUACCGCUGGUGUGCCAACAUACAGAGACAGCACCGCAGCAACAACAUCAUGCUGUGUGUGGAUAUGAAGAAAGGAGUUUAUUACCAAAAGUGCCAUGACCCAGAUUGCAAGGCUGACAACUUCAAAUCAGAGGAUCUGCCCCUCCCAUCAGAAGUCCUCCCUGGCCACUACUUCAACAUCAGCAGUGAUGGUCUCGAGUCCGACUUCGACGAUGAUGACAUUGUGCGGGCAGCGGAGGAGGUGGAGAAGACAUACCAGUCACAGCAGGAGGAGAGUGAUGACGAUCUCCUCAAUGCCACACUGGAGCUGGAGAAGAACCUGUCAGAACACAUGAAGUCCUGAGGUUAUACCAGGGACGUGUGUCUUAUUUUUUUUUACUUAUGUGCCUUUUUUCACAUUUCAAUAACUAUAACAACUAAACUUUUUUAAAUCAAAACUUUUAAAGAAAUCUAUAGCCCUAAUUAUAAUUUGAACUAAUUAUGCGUGUAUAUUUAGUUGUAAGCAUGCAAGUUAUUUUAUUCAUCUACUACAAAUGGUCAUCUUAAAGCAGUACAUCUUGUAUAUUUUAACAUGAUUGUGUAUUUUCAUAAUGAAAUAAUGAAAUUAUUCUGAAAGUUCCCAU